GUACUUGUUGGCACUGCCCCGCUCGGUCACGAGUUCAAGUUGGAGGACCCUGAGCCGAUUGAAGCUCCUGCGGAAAAGUUUCAAGGGCACCGAAGUCCGAGUCCACGCUCCGGCGACGGAGGGCUCGCCUCAGGCGCGCGAGAGGCGAAGACGAGGCCGGCCUGGGGGAUGGCCUCCUUUUCGACAUAGGUGGGAUAUUCGGUCGAUGCAUAGAGACUGCAAGCUGCACCCGACCCUGUGGACGCCACCGGAUGAUCGUUUCUACUUGGAGGUCAGAUGUCGGACUUCUCAGCUCAGUGCUUUCCUCAGCGAGGCCAUCGUCCUACUCGGGGAAAAUGUGCCAGAACAGGUAUGGAUGGUCUUGCGAUCAGGCUUAGUUGCCUGGCUGGACAAGUACGAGAGUUCCAUCCUGGGUGCUUCGCGCGAGCUCGGAAGAGUGACAGGUCAUCAUCUUGACUGCCCAGCCAGUUUUGCUGAUCUUUCGCCAGCCUUCAGUCUUGUGAUUAGAGAGGCCGCAUGGGAUGUGACACAGCCUUCCCUGUCGAUAAGCCAGCUUGCGGAGACGGCGAUAUUGGUCUCCCGGAUUUCCUUGGAACUGCUUGUGAUGCAUCUGAAUGGCUGCUGGGAUAUCGAAGACGUCCUUCUUACCACCUGGGGGAGAAAUCAUCUUCAAGAGUUGGAGGCAUCACAGAGCGUGUUGUUUGUCAAGUGCACAAACGCGGGCAGUCCGUUUGCACGCCCCACUUGGCGACCUGACAGGCUGGGCAUCCUGGCAAGAAGCCAUCAACAUGCUAGUGCAGCUGCGGCUGAUUUGCGCCGGUGUGUAGUAUACAGUUACAAUGAUCAUCUUCUGGAACCUCCGCCCUCCACACGGCUGGGUGUGCUAUGGUAUGGAGACUGGGAGACAUGGGAGCCUCUGGACGACAUUGACACGUGGUUCAGCUUGGCAGACCACUUAGGUUCGUUUCACUCGCGCGACUUAUUGGCAUUCCUGAAACCAUGGAGCGUCGGUUGUGUAACGUGGUUCGAGGAUGACAAUGGUUGGUACCUCUUUGACAUAGAUGGCAUUGAAAAUAUGGAGGAUGCGGUUGCAGCGCUUUCGAAUGCCCGUCUUCGUUCAUCCCUUUCCCAUGAACGAUUCCGGGAAGAAUGCAUCUGCUGCGACCAAUACGACCUUCUGUUUAUUUGUGCCAGGCACCUGCUGGAGUCUGCACCCUCAGGAAGAACCUUUGGUCGGUAUCGUUUCGGUGUUGCCAGCAAGACCGGUGCUCUGCCCAGAUUUCACGAGGCUCUUUUCAGGUUUUCGGUGAAAAAGUUGCGGACAGGUUUGGAUACAUCAGAAGGAAACCUACAAGCAUCACAAGAAGAGCUUGCAGAGCUUCGGGCGCAGCAGCUGCAAGCACGUACGGAGAAAGCAGAGCUGGAGCAGCGCGUGCAGCAGUUGGAAGCUCGCUUGAGGACCUCAGAAACGCAGCUUGGGGCUAUGUCGUGGCUCUUUCCCACCUUUCCAGAAGUUUCCGAGUUUGCAAGGAGCAUACCCACACUGCGACCUUUCGACGGGAAUCGUCUCCUCCCGGUCCUCGCGCUGCGCUUCACCCAUAAGGCCGUGAAUGCCCACUUCGCCUUCGGGGAGGAGCACGAAAAUCGGCAAGAGUCCAUCUUCAAGCUGUUUCUGGGCUUCUUCAUGGGGCACCUGAAACCUGAAGAGCUCGAGCCUCUUUACGUGUUCAAGCACCAGGGCCCCGAUGGCACCAUGGGGCUCUACUCGCGGAACAACCGUCGCCUGGUGGCCUUGCUCAUGUUUCAGGCUGUUCGUCGAGAUCAGAUGGUCAGGGUCCCAUGCAGAGUAUUGGAUUCGAGCGACCAGCGAUGGGAAGCACCUGGAGGCAGAAGAUUCGAUCAGUGGUUUCACGAGGGCUACGACGGCGGCACCGGCCUUUCCAUCAACCCCAGACCGGGGAGGCAGCGGGAGGCCCAGCAUCGGGGCUAUCCGCUCUUCAACCCGGCCCGCACGGCCAUCCAAGCGUUGCAUCGGGCUUCCAGCCGGGCCAACGACAAGCUGGCGGGAGACCUCGCGCAGAUGCUCCUCCGACAUGUCCACACCCGCACGGGCCAAGGCGACGAAGAGACGACUGAGCACGGCAUCGCAGGGCAUGAAAAGAGGUUUGGCACCGAGAUCAUUCCUGGCUUCCUCUUCCUGACCAGCCAAUUUGAGGCCAAAGAUCCCGCCUUCCUGAAGCAACAUGGCAUCACGCACCUCGUCAGCGUGGCAGAGGAAAGCCCGCCUGUGGUGCCGUUGCCGGGCAAGUCUUUGCACUUGGCACUGCGCGAUUCUCCUCGAACAGAUGUUCGCUGCCACUUCGACGAGGUGUUUGCCGUUAUCGAUGCUGCGAAGAGAUUCAAGAAGGGGCGGGCGCUCAUUCAUUGCCACGCUAUGAAGGCAAGAACAGGAGCGCUGUGUUCGUGA